CAUUUUAAGAAAAUUCAAUCAUUUUAUAUUGGGCAAUACAAUUAUUAUUCGAUUUUUUAUAAAGCUUAAGAUUAAAAAGAUUUUUUGCUCAACAUGCCAAAUUGAUAUUGAUAGAGUUAUCAUUAUCAACCAAUACCUAGGCUGCAAAGAAAAUUCAAUACGCGGUGUGAAUACCGAGCAUUCCAGUCUUUGGAAACAUCAACAAGUUUCUAGAAAUUUGAUUGUUUUAGGUUACAUCAUGGAGACACAUCUCGAAAAUUCUAGAUUAUAAUUUAACAUUGAUCAUAUUGAAAUAAAAUCAAUUUGACGUGUUUAAUUCGUACGUUAGAUAGGUAUUACAUCUUUUCAGCAAAUAAAAUCAAAUUUUUAUAAAAUAAAACCCUACUCGAUAAUAGAUGGCGCCACGCGUAUUCGGUAGUUUAUCGUUUAACUUACCUACACCAUGCCUACACCUAUCUCAUCUCAUAGCCAACAUUAUUUAAACAUAUAAUGAUCAUCUAUCUGUAAAAAGAACAACAUAUACUAUUCAGAUAUAAAAUAAACCACAAAAUAAGACGUUAAUUAAAAGUCAAAGGAAGGUAUUUAAGGCUACUUGCUAAGACUUGCACUUUGGCUAUUUGCAAGCUAUUUGGUAUAUAUUUUAUAUUUUACAAAGUAUCUAUUUUAAAAUAAUAAAUCAUAAUAUCCUAUUAAAUAAAGUAAGAUGAUGAACUUGGAAGGAAAUUAAAAAAAUAUUAAGGUAACUUUUUUUGUAGAGGUUCAAUAGGCAGUGAAUGCAAAAUUAAACUCUUACUUGUAGUUAGUUCUAAUGUCUUUUAUAUAAAUAAUAUUAAAAAGUAUCGUAUUGUAAGUAAAAAAUGUCAAAGAAAGGACACCGGCCGGCAUCCAUAUUGAUAACAAAUGGAUCACAACACAACUAUAACAACGUGGUUGUUGUGCAGUGAAACACGUCAGUCGACACACAGUGAAGCUACGUUCGAGAAUUUUCUACUCGCCGCUAGAUGUCGGAACGGGUAUAUAAGCCGUAGAAACGCGCGCAGUUCAAUCAAUUCGUAAAGACAAGUGCUCACAAAGAGAACGAGUUAAUUGUACGCUUUUUCACUUGAACACGCGAAAAUGAAAGUUUUCGGAGGUUUCUCGUAUUUUUUGGCGUUGGCGAUUGUAUUUUUCGGAAUCGGUACAAGGAAAGUUUUGGGUGAAGAAGAUUCGUCGUGUCCGGAGAAAAAUAAUAGAUUAGUGGACCAAGCGUUUGGUAUGGCGUUGACACCGGAUGAUUUUCUGACUUCAAUGAUGACACCAUGGAUCGUUCACGACUACUUCCGACCCUGGAGACACAUGGCUGCUCUCGCAAAAGAUCUAGGCUCUACAAUUAAAGCUGACAAGGAUAAAUUCCAAAUCAAUUUAGACGUACAACAUUUCGGGCCGGAAGAAAUAACCGUGAAGACUGCUGAUGGGUAUGUGGUGAUAGAAGCGAAGCAUGAAGAGAAACAAGACGAGCACGGCAUCGUGUCGAGACAGUUUGUGAGGAAAUACGCAUUGCCUAAAGGUGCGGAGUCUGAAAACAUCGUAUCGGAGCUUUCCAGCGAUGGUAUUCUGACUAUAACCGCUCCCAGGAAGGAGAUAGACGAUAAAGGUGAGAGAGUCGUGCCAAUAACAAAGACUGGUCCCGUCCGCAAGGAUGCCUCUACUAAAGCUGAAGCCGAAAAAGGUUCUUGUAUGUCUAACAGUGAGAAGUGCGCCGGAUAAAUAUCAACCAUGACUCAUUUUAAGUUUCCUAUUAGUCACAAUAAUAAGACUGAACUGAGAUAAUUAAAAUAAAUAAGUUCUUUUUUUAUUAAGUUUCUUUUUUUAUAUUUUUCACCCACCACUAACAAAUGAACUUUACUUAUGAAACUAUACUAUACUUUAUACGGCGAAACUAAAAAUAAUUAAAUAAUUACAAAAACUUUAAAAGGUGAAAAGUAAUUUUAUCUGCAAGACGAUAUAUAGGAAUAACACAAUACUUAUUAAGAAACUUUGAUAACUAGGU